AUGGAGGUGCUGCCCUGUUCCCGGGUGGCCCACAUUGAGCGCACAAAGAAACCCUACAAUAACGACAUUGAUUACUAUGCAAAGCGGAAUGCCCUGAGAGCCGCCGAAGUGUGGAUGGACGAUUUCAAGUCUCAUGUGUACAUGGCCUGGAACAUUCCCAUGACGAACCCAGGAGUGGACUUUGGAGAUGUGUCUGAGCGCCUCGCUUUACGUCAGAGGCUCCAGUGUCGCAGUUUCAAGUGGUACCUGGAGAACGUGUACCCUGAGAUGAGGAUCUAUAACAAUACCAUCACCUAUGGAGAGGUGAGAAACAGCAAGGCCAGUGGCUACUGCUUGGACCAGGGAGCAGAAGAUGAUGAUAGAGCAAUCCUAUAUCCUUGCCAUGGGAUGUCUUCACAGAUGGAGCUGCCUCUGACUGGCAGACCCAAUGUCAAUGCCAAAGCCCAGGACAGAUGGUGUCAGGGUAGACAUAGUGAUGAAAGCAUGUCAUCGAUGCUUCAGAAAUCCAACGUCAAGAUUCGAGGAUACUGUGAAAUCUCCAGGUUCCUGAACUCUAGAAAAUAUUCCAUCAUCAUCACACUUGCCCAGCUGGCCCCCAUCCUCUUACAAGGGUGUGCAUCCAUGCCAGGAUCCAUCCACGUGUGUACCGCUAAAGCAGCCACAUGCUCAGCCGUGACCGAGGGCCCUGUGCAUUCAUUUUACAGUGUGACUUAA